AUGGCGACAUGCAGGGCGCUCGUCAGACAGUGCGCGAUUCAACUGCGUCCUGCAAUUCGCCUUUCACGAUCGUCGCGCCAAUACCUGCCUCAGAGCUCGCCCUUUCGCAGGUAUGCGACCUCCGUCGCCGCCGCGGACCUCAAAUUCGGCCAGCCGUUGCACGAGACUCAUCCCCAUCUCUUGGGUCCAGGUGAACUCACCCCUGGCAUCACUGCCCUCGAAUAUGCGCAACGUCGGUCACGACUGGCCAACAGACUUCCCAAGGGAGCCGUCGCCAUACUCGCGGCUUCAGAAGUGAAGUAUCGAGCCCCGGGCAUAUUUCAUGAGUAUCGGCAAGAGACCAACUUUUUCUAUUUGACCGGAUUUAACGAACCGAAUGCACUGGCUGUCAUUGUAAACGACGGAUCUGGCGACAACCAUAUCUUUCACCUCUAUGUACGAGAAAAGGACCCCAAGGCAGAGCUGUGGGAUGGGGCUCGCUCCGGCACCCAGGCUGCCAAGGACGUUUUCAAUGCAGACGAGACAGGUGAUAUUGAACGAAUUGGAGACAUUCUUCCUAGGAUUGUGACCGGCGCCACCGAGAUUUACUCAGACAUCCCUGCAUUCGAUCCCUCGCGGUCGACACUGCACCGCUACCUAUAUGGACCAACAGUUGCAUCUGAGAAGUUGAAGAAAUUUGUCGAUCACCGAAAAGUCAAGCCGUUGAAGCCGCUGCUCAACGAAAUGCGGGUUUUCAAGAGUGAGAAUGAAGUCGUGCACUUGCGCCUACUCGGCCAAGCUUCCGGCAGGGCAUUUACCGAGUCCAUGCGCCAGGGGUUUGAUACGGAGAAAGAAUUGCUUUCUUUCCUCGAGUACCAGUUCAAACGAAAUGGAUGCGAUGGAAAUGCUUUUGUUCCUGUUGUGGCAGGUGGACAGAAUGCACUGAGCAUCCACUAUACCCGAAAUGACGACAUGCUGCGGGAUGGCGACAUGGUACUCGUGGACGGCGGUGGUGAGCUUGGAAGCUACAUCUCUGACAUCACGCGGACAUGGCCUGUGAAUGGAAAGUUUACGGAUCCGCAGCGGGACCUGUAUAACGCCGUCUUGAACGUGCACCGGACCUGCCUGUCCCUCUGCCGCGAGAGCGCAAAGCUGUCUCUGGACAAGCUUCACGGUAUUGCUGAGAAUGGAUUGCGAGAUCAACUGAAACAACUUGGUUUUGAUCUUCCUGGAAACGCUAUCAGCACUCUUUUCCCUCACCACCUGGGCCAUUACAUUGGUCUGGAUGUCCAUGACUGCCCUGGGUAUUCUAGAGGCUAUGACCUAAAGGCAGGUCAAUGUAUCACUAUUGAGCCUGGUAUCUAUGUGCCAGAUGAUGAGCGAUGGCCCGCUCACUUCCGGGGUAUCGGGAUUCGCAUCGAGGACAGUGUAUGUGUGGGCGAUGAUCAUCCGAUUGUUCUGACCCCCGAGGCCGUCAAAGAGGUUGACGAUAUCGAGGCCCUGCGUAGUUAA